CAGAUAUUGCUCGUAGACAUAAACUGAGAUAACCGGCAGCAAACAAUCAAACUGUCCAGUUCCGGUCAGGCAACAACAUUUCAAGCCUUCUGAAUGUCGUUAUCGGCGGCGACGAUGACCAUGACGGCGACAUCAAAAUCAAAAUCACUUUGGAUUCUCUUAUCAGGCUUGUGGCUAUGUGCAAUGAUAAUAUCAACAAGUGCUCAUCCCCAUUUUGAGGAUUUGCAGGCGUUAGCCUCUGAAAAACAUGAGGAGGAUGAAUGGAAAAAAGGUGACGGGGAGGAACAUCAUUCGGAGGAGCAUUCCAAGAAGGGCGAAAAAGGAGAGAAGGGCUACAAGCACGAACAUCACCACGACAAAGGCGAAAAGGGACAUCACGACAAAGAAGGCAAGAAAGGCGAUCACUAUGAAGAAAGCGGCCAUGAAAAGAAGCACCACGACGAAGCUGGCCACUUUCACGAACACAAAAAGGGCAAAAAAGGCGAAAAGGGCCACGAAUAUGAGGAAAAGGGCUCAUUUAAGAAAGGUCACUCGACCAAAGGCCAUCAUGAAAUUCACAAACUGGACGAGUACAAGAAGGAUAAGAAAUUCUUUGAUGAGGAUCAUGACGAAGGAUUCGAUGAAAAAUACGGUGAUUACCACGACGAGCACAAGCAUAAGAAGGGAGGACAUCACAAAUCCGGCAGCCACAAGUCCGGUCAUCAUCAUGAUGGAUUUGGUAAGAAAGGACAUGAGAAAAAGGGUGGACAUCAUUCGGAACAUGGUGGACAUAAGGACGAGAAAGGACACGAGGAACAUUAUGGUCAUAAGGAAGAGUAUGAGAAGAAAGAUGGUGAUGAAGAGCAUAAGAAAUGGGGACAUAAAAAGGGUCAUUAUUGGUAGAAGUAAAUCUUAAUAUAUAUUGAAAUAAAUGCAUUGAAGGACUUGAAGCUUAUUCUA